AUGCAGCUGAGCCGCGCCGCCGCCGCCCCUGCGGAACCCUCGGCGCCGCUGUCCCCCGCGUCGGCCCCGGCCCCCUCCGGCCCCCUCCCGCACAGCGCGACCGACGGGGCCCUGGCGGGGGGCGAGGGGGGGCCGGGGCGCCGUGUGGAGCCCCCGAGCGCCCCGCUCCCGGCCGCGAGCAGCCCCGGCCCCGGCGCGGGGAUGGACGGCCCUGGGGCCGGCGCCGUGGUCGUGCGCGUAGGCAUCCCGGACCUGCAGCAGACGAAGUGCCUGCGCCUGGACCCGGCCGCGCCCGUGUGGGCCGCCAAGCAGCGCGUGCUCUGCGCGCUCAACCACAGCCUCCAGGACGCGCUCAACUACGGGCUCUUCCAGCCGCCCUCCCGGGGCCGCGCCGGCAAGUUCCUGGACGAGGAGCGGCUCCUGCAGGAGUACCCGCCGAACCUGGACACGCCCCUGCCCUACCUGGAGUUUCGAUACAAGAGGCGAGUUUAUGCCCAGAACCUCAUCGAUGAUAAGCAGUUUGCCAAGCUUCACACGAAGGCGAACCUGAAGAAGUUCAUGGACUACGUCCAGCUGCACAGCACAGACAAGGUAGCCCGCCUGCUGGACAAGGGGCUAGACCCCAAUUUCCACGACCCUGACUCAGGAGAGUGUCCCCUGAGUCUUGCGGCCCAGCUGGACAAUGCCACGGACCUGCUGAAGGUGCUGAGGAAUGGUGGUGCCCACCUGGACUUCCGCACACGUGAUGGGCUCACUGCCGUGCACUGUGCCACGCGCCAGCGGAAUGCGGCGGCUUUGACGACCCUGCUGGACCUGGGCGCUUCACCUGACUACAAGGACAGCCGUGGCUUGACGCCCUUGUACCACAGCGCUCUGGGGGGUGGGGACGCCCUCUGCUGUGAGCUGCUCCUCCACGACCAUGCUCAGCUGGGGACCACCGAUGAGAACGGCUGGCAGGAGAUCCACCAGGCCUGCCGCUUUGGGCACGUGCAGCACCUGGAGCACCUGCUGUUCUACGGAGCUGACAUGGGGGCCCAGAACGCCUCAGGGAACACGGCCCUGCACAUCUGUGCCCUCUACAACCAGGAGAGCUGUGCUCGUGUCCUGCUUUUUCGUGGCGCCAACAAAGAUGUCCGCAAUUACAACAGCCAGACGGCCUUUCAGGUGGCCAUCAUCGCGGGGAACUUUGAACUGGCGGAGGUCAUCAAGACCCACAAAGACUCAGAUGUCGUACCAUUUAGGGAAACCCCCAGCUAUGCAAAGCGGCGGCGGCUGGCUGGCCCCAGUGGCUUGGCCUCCCCACGGCCCCUGCAGCGCUCAGCCAGUGACAUCAACCUGAAGGGCGAGGUGCAGCCGGCAGCCUCCCCUGGACCCUCGCUGCGCAGCCUCCCCCACCAGCUGCUGCUCCAGCGGCUGCAGGAGGAGAAAGACCGGGACCGUGAUGGUGACAAAGAGAACGACGUCGGUGGCACUGAAGCAGGCAGGGGCAGCCAGAGCAACAUCAGCCCGAGCGGGCCCGGCGGCCCCGGCGGCCCCGGCCCCGCGCCCGGCCCUGGCCCGGCGCCCCCUGCGCCCCCCGCGCCGCCGCCCCGCGGCCCGAAGCGGAAACUUUACAGCGCUGUCCCCGGCCGCAAGUUCAUCGCCGUGAAGGCGCACAGCCCGCAGGGCGAGGGCGAGAUCCCGCUGCACCGCGGCGAGGCCGUGAAGGUGCUCAGCAUUGGGGAGGGCGGUUUCUGGGAGGGGACCGUGAAAGGCCGCACGGGCUGGUUCCCGGCCGACUGCGUGGAGGAGGUGCAGAUGAGACAGUAUGACACACGGCAUGAAACCCGGGAGGACCGGACGAAGCGACUUUUCCGCCACUACACUGUGGGCUCCUACGACAGCCUCACCUCUCACAGUGAUUAUGUCAUUGAUGACAAGGUGGCCAUCCUGCAGAAACGGGACCACGAGGGUUUUGGUUUCGUGCUUCGGGGGGCCAAAGCAGAGACCCCCAUUGAGGAGUUCACCCCCACACCGGCCUUCCCUGCACUUCAGUACCUCGAGUCUGUGGAUGUGGAGGGCGUGGCCUGGAGGGCCGGGCUGCGCACGGGAGACUUCCUCAUCGAGGUGAACGGGGUGAACGUGGUGAAGGUUGGACACAAGCAGGUGGUGGCGCUGAUCCGCCAGGGCGGGAACCGUCUUGUCAUGAAGGUUGUGUCGGUGACAAGGAAGCCCGAAGAAGACGGGGCUCGGCGCAGAGCCCCGCCGCCCCCCAAGAGGGCCCCCAGCACCACACUGACCCUGCGUUCCAAGUCCAUGACGGCUGAGCUUGAGGAACUUGCCUCCAUUCGGAGAAGGAAAGGGGAGAAACUAGAUGAGAUCCUGGCGGCCGCCGCGGAACCCACACUGAGGCCUGACAUCGCGGAUGCUGACUCGAGAGCAGCCACCGUCAAACAGCGGCCCACCAGCCGGAGGAUCACCCCGGCCGAGAUCAGUUCACUGUUUGAGCGCCAGGGCCUCCCAGGCCCGGAGAAGCUGCCGGGCUCCCUGCGGAAGGGGAUUCCACGGACCAAGUCUGUAGGGGAGGAUGAGAAGCUGGCGUCCCUGCUGGAGGGACGCUUCCCGCGGAGCACGUCGAUGCAAGACUCUGGGCGCGAGGGCCGUGGCAUCCCGCCCCCGCCGCAGACCGCGCCGCCGCCCCCACCCGCGCCCUGUUAUUUCGACUCAGGGGCGCCCCCCGCCUUCUCGCCGCCGCCCCCACCGGGCCGGGCUUACGACACGGUGCGCUCCAGCUUCAAACCCGGCCUGGAGGCGCGUCUGGGUGCGGGGGUCGCAGGCCUGUACGAAGCGGGCGCGGCCCUGGGCCCGCUGCCCUACCCCGAGCGGCAGAAGCGCGCUCGCUCCAUGAUCAUCCUGCAGGACUCGGCCCCGGAGGCGGGCGACGCUCGGCCCCCGCCCGCGGUCACCCCGCCGGAGCGCCCCAAGCGCCGGCCCCGGCCGCCGGACCCCGACAGCCCCUACGCCAACCUGGGCGCCUUCAGCGCCAGCCUCUUCACGCCGUCCAAGCCGCAGCGCCGCAAGAGCCCGCUGGUGAAGCAGCUGCAGGUGGAGGAGGCCCAGGAGCGCGCGGGCCUGGCCGUGGGCAGCCCGGGCCCGGGGGGCGGCAGCUUCACCCGCGACCCCUCCCCGACGCACCGCGGGCCUCGGCCUGGCGGCCUCGACUACAGCCCUGGGGACAGCGGGCUGGCGUUCGGGGGCCCGGGCCCGGCGAAGGACCGGCGGCUGGAGGAGCGGCGCCGCUCCACCGUGUUCCUGUCGGUGGGCGCCAUCGAGGGCAGCCCCCCCAGCGCCGACCUGCCAUCCCUGCAGCCCUCCCGCUCCAUCGACGAGCGGCUCCUGGGAGCCGGUGCCGCCACCGGCCGUGACCUGCUGCUGCCCUCCCCGGUCUCUGCUUUGAAGCCGUUGGUCAGCGGCCCGAGCCUUGGGCCUUCCGGCUCCACCUUCAUCCACCCGCUCACCGGCAAACCCUUGGACCCCAGCUCGCCCCUGGCCCUGGCGCUGGCUGCCCGGGAGCGGGCGCUGGCCUCCCAGACGCCCUCCCGGUCCCCCACACCUGUGCACAGCCCUGACGCCGACCGGGCUGGGCCCCUGUUUGUGGAUGUUCAAGCCCGCGACUCAGAGCGAGGAGCCCUGGCCUCCCCGGCCUUCUCCCCCAGGAGCCCCGCCUGGGUUCCUGUGCCUGUGCGCAGGGAGCCCGAGAAGGCCUCCCGAGAGGAGCGGAAGUCACCUGAGGACAAGAAGUCCAUGAUUCUCAGCGUCCUGGACACGUCCCUGCAGCGGCCCGCCGGCCUCAUUGUGGUCCACGCCACCAGCAACGGGCAGGAGCCCAGUGGGUUGGGGGCUGAAGAGGAGCGCGUGGGCACCCCGGAGCUGGCCCCUGCACCCACACAGUCAGCCGUGGUGGCAGAGCCCCUGCCCAGUCCACGGGCACAGCCCCCUGGCAGUGCCCCAAAAGACCCAGGGCCUGGCCAGGGCAGCUCCGAGGAGGAGCCAGAGCUGGUCUUUACUGUGAACCUGCCUCCCGCCCAGCUGUCCUCUAGCGACGAGGAGACCAGAGAGGAACUGGCUCGCAUUGGGCUGGUGCCACCCCCCGAAGAGUUUGCCAAUGGUCUCCUUCUGGCCACCCCACUGCCCGGCCCAGGUCCCUCACCCACCACGGUGCCAGGCCCGGCCUCAGGGAAGGCAAGUAGUGAGCUGCCCCCUGCCCCUGAGUCUGCAGCUGACUCGGGAGUGGAGGAGGUGGACACACGCAGUUCCAGCGAUCCCCACCUGGAGACCACGAGCACCAUCUCCACAGUGUCCAGCAUGUCCACCCUGAGCUCCGAGAGCGGGGAGCUCACCGACACCCACACCUCCUUCGCUGAUGGACACACUUUUCUACUCGAGAAGCCACCAGUGCCUCCCAAGCCCAAGCUCAAGUCCCCGCUGGGGAAGGGGCCGGUGACCUUCAGGGACCCUCUGCUGAAGCAGUCCUCGGACAGUGAGCUCAUGGCCCAGCAGCACCUUGCCGCCUCCGCCGGGCUGGCCUCUGCCGCUGGGCCUGCUCGCCCUCGCUACCUCUUCCAGAGAAGGUCCAAGCUGUGGGGCGACCCCAUGGAGAGCCGGGGGCUCCCUGGGCCUGAAGACGACAAACCAACUGUGAUAAGUGAGCUCAGCUCCCGCCUGCAGCAGCUGAACAAAGACACCCGCUCCCUGGGGGAGGAGCCGGCCAGUGGCCUGGGUGGCCUGCUGGACCCUUCUAAGAAGUCGCCCAUCGCUGCAGCUCGGCUCUUCAGCAGCCUCGGUGAGCUGAGCUCCAUCUCAGCGCAGCGCAGCCCUGGGGGCCCGGGCGGCGGGGCCUCCUUCCAGGUUCGGCCCGGCGGCCGCUACCCACUGGCGCGGCGCGCCCCGAGCCCAGUGAAGCCCGCGUCGCUGGAGCGGGUGGAGGGGCUGGGGGCGGGCGCGGGGGGCGCGGGGCGGCCCUUCGGCCUCACGCCACCCACCAUCCUCAAGUCGUCCAGCCUCUCCAUCCCGCACGAGCCGAAGGAGGUGCGCUUCGUGGUGCGCAGCGUGAGCGCGCGCAGCCGCUCGCCCUCGCCCUCGCCGCUGCCCUCGCCCACCCCCGGCCCUGGCCCGGGAGGCCCCGGCCCGCGCAGACCCUUCCAGCAGAAGCCGCUGCAGCUGUGGAGCAAGUUCGACGUGGGCGACUGGCUGGAGAGCAUCCACCUGGGCGAGCACCGCGACCGCUUCGAGGACCACGAGAUAGAGGGCCCGCACCUGCCGGCCCUCACCAAGGACGACUUCGUGGAGCUGGGCGUCACGCGCGUGGGCCACCGCAUGAACAUCGAGCGCGCGCUUAGGCAGCUGGAGGGCAGCUGA